GAGAUCCUCUCACCACAUUAGGUUACUAUAUAGGAGUGUUUAAAGUGAAUCUAUGCAAUAUUUCUCUUAUAAAGCUGGCAGAAGUGGAUCGUUUUAUAUUGAAUCCCCUGUCUGUGAAAGGUCAUCCUCAAAAAGAGAGAAGUCAAGACAACCCAGUUACUAACACAAGUUUCAGAACAGAAUGGCUUCAACGAAUCUUCUGAAAAUGGUGUCUGUACUUUUAGUGCUUGCAUUAUACUGUUGGAUAACCUCCGCCACUGAACUAGAAGACAGGUCGUGCAGUGGUGGCCUUGUCUGGAGUAAUUGCACCAAGAACUGCACCAUCACGUGCGACGACUUUGAGCCCGCAUGCGCAGAGGGUUGUACUCCAGGCUGCAAGUGCCCGGAUGACAAGCCUCACUUUCACGACUGUCGGUGUUGGACCUAUAACGAUUGCUACACUAUAUUACACUGCACUGGGGGUCAGGUGUGGAGCUGGGAAGGAGGGAGAGAAGGUAAGGAGUGCCACGCCACGUGCGACAGUCCCAACAUUGACUGUCCAGCCAAGAGUAGGAUAUGGGGCUGCAGGUGCCCUCCAGAGCGGCCAUUAUGGAAUGGAAACUUAUGUGUGAGGCUGUCGGAAUGUCCGCAAAGUAAACAGUGUACAGGAGGACAGGUUUGGAAAGACUGUGGAAGUACCUGUACGGCCACCUGCAGUGAGCCGACUCCACGAUGCAGCACCGAGUGUGCGUCCAGAUGCGAAUGUCCGCCGGAAAAACCUAUAUUGAGAAAGGGGGAAUGUGUCAAGUAUAGUCAGUGUCCAGAUGAAGAGCGGUGUAGCGGCGGUAUGCUAUGGACAACUUGUGGAAGCGCCUGUACCAAAACUUGUAUGGAGCCAAACCCUCGCUGUACGAGGCAGUGCGUGGCACGUUGCCAGUGCCCUCCCUCUAGACCAAUCCUGUGGAACGGCCUCUGCAUCCCCUUCGACCACUGCCCAGUGGCAGAACGCUGUCCCAGUGACAGAGUAUGGAAGGAUUGUGGGUCAGCGUGCCCGAAGUCAUGUGAUGACCAGGAACCAACCUGCUCCAAGAAGUGCGCACAGGGAUGCUUCUGCCCCGACGACGCACCUUACCUGUCCAAUGGCACGUGUGUUGCUUUGGAUAAGUGCCCAGUUGAAAACCAGUGUAAACACGGAAUGAUCUACUCCAACUGUACGAGUGAAUGCACGGCCACGUGCUAUAGACCGUUCCCAAGAGGCUGUGCGCAGUGCGUACCCGGAUGUACGUGUCCGUAUAACAAACCAUUUCUAGAUAAUGGCGAGUGCGUCGGAUAUCAGGACUGUUCCAGACGGCACGUUUGCCCUGAAAAUCAAGAGUGGGUUCUGUUUGGCGCGGAGUGCGUUCAGACUUGUGAGGACCGAAAACCCGACUGCGCUAACCGGGAGAUCCAGGCGGGGUGCCAGUGCAAACCGGACAGACCUUACAUUGAAAGAAACGAAACGGGGCGCUGCUUUACGGCAAGUGAAUGCGAUGCCAUUGUAGGCCUCACUACAACCGCCGCGCCAAAGUGUCCAGACAUUCAGGUGUGGCACCAGUCAGCCUCCCCGUGCACGCGCACGUGUGACGACCCCUUCCCAACAUGCACCAGUGAAAAUGAGGCACGGUGCGCAUGCCCGAAUAGUGCCCCCAUUUGGCACGAGAAUCAAUGCAUUCGUGUUGAUCAGUGCCCGGGAAAAGUGAAAAAUGAGUGUUCCGGAGGCCAGGUAUGGAUGUCAUGUGGCUCCAAGUGCACCCAGACGUGCGGAGACCCCAGCACUCUCUGUGAGGGAGGGUGCUACUCCCGCUGCCAGUGUCCCCUAGGUCGACCCGUACUUCACAUGGGGAAGUGUAUAGGCAGGGAUCAGUGUCCCACUGAACAAGAGAGAAUGACCACUCCAGCUCCUGGAUGCACUGGCGGCAGAACUUGGCAGAAUUGUGCCUCCCCGUGCACCUUCACCUGCGAAACGCGGUACAACUUGGUCUGCGCAGCCGUGUGUAUUAAGAAGUGCGCAUGUCCAAAACACGCCCCCUUCUGGCACGAGGGAAAGUGUGUAGCGGAGAGUGACUGUCCUUGAAUUUAAGGAAAAAUGAUGAAAUGACGUAUUUAUUUGUUUCAUGUAGUGAAACUUCACUGAAUCAUUGCAACAAGAAACUAAUUUUAGCUGAUCGAAUUUAUAUCUGAGUUUUGUGCAUGAGACCAAACCGUUGUUUGAAUGUUCAAAUACUUGACAUACACCUUUUUUUUUCGUGGUUUGAGCAGUUUAAUUUAUAAAAUUUCCAUUUGUUUGUUGUAUAUUGACAAAUAUUAACUGUUAAUGACAAAUGUUUGUUUUUGUCCGUUUUAAGGCAAAAGAAUAACACUUGUAGGAUGCGAUUUGAGUUCAUGUCACAGGAUGAGGAAUUCUAAAUAACCAGGCCCAUACUGCAUUUUUGCCUUAAAUAUAAAGUAUUUUCUUAUGGAAUAAAACGUUUUUGACA